CUCCAAGUAGACCAUCUGAAUUCAAACCAAACCAAACUCUCUCUUGCAUUAUUCCACCAUGAGUGAUUUGAGUCAUCAUAGCCAUAUUAAGAGGCCUCACAGAGCCAACCAGCCUGCUUGGCGAGCGAUAAAGCAGCUCUGCUCAGAGCACGGCCAAGUCAGACUGGACCACUUGCACCUCCUGCGACGCCUUGGCUCCGGCGACAUCGGUAACGUGUUCCUCUGUGAGAUCAAGCACACCAUGAUGAACAACCUUCAGGACGGUGGCGGUGGUUGUUACUAUGCCUUGAAGGUUGUCGAUAGAGAGUGUCUCCGAAUGAAGAAGAAGCUCAAGCGAGCUGAGGUUGAGAAACAAGUGUUGAGUGUUCUUGAUCACCCUUUUCUUCCAACGCUUUAUGCCAAAUUCGAUGCUUAUCAUUACUCAUGUCUGCUCAUGGAUUAUUGCCAUGGCGGUGACUUAUUCAGGCUUCAACAAAACCAGCCCAAUCUUCGUUUUAGCGUGUCAACAGCUAAAUUCUAUGCAGCUGAGGUGCUUCUGGCUCUUGAAUAUCUGCACAUGAUGGGGAUAAUUUACAGAGACCUAAAGCCAGAGAAUGUGCUCAUUCGAGAAGAUGGCCACGUCAUGCUCUCAGACUUCGAUCUCUCACUUCACUGCGAGGCUCAUCCGAAGCUUCCAAAACGAAGACUCCAACACAACACUAAUCACAGCAAGACUGCCACAACGAAGAAGACGAAGAAGACGAAGAAGAAGAAUGUGACCUUGUGCUGUGAAAACUCAGCGGAGGAUGGUGUGAUAAUAAUGAGGAAGAGGAAGUCGUCGAUAGCUGAUGACGUGGAAUUAUCAGCAGAACCAACGAACGCUAGAUCCAAGUCAUUUGUUGGGACCCACGAGUACUUAGCACCGGAGGUGAUAUUAGGGUCAGGCCACGGGGGUGGAGUGGAUUGGUGGGCAUAUGGAGUGUUUCUUUACGAGCUGUUGUAUGGGAUCACGCCUUUCAAAGACAAAAACAACGAGAAGACAAUGAGGAACAUUAUAGGGAAGUCGUCGGUGAGGUUUCCGACAAGUGAGUUGAGAGACAAGAGAGAGGACGAUGAUAUAGCGAAGGCUCAAGACCUGAUAAGAAAGCUUCUGGUGAAGAAUCCAAUGAAGAGACUGGGAUGUACGAGAGGUUCAUGCGAGAUAAAGAGACAUCAAUUCUUCAAAGGGACGAACUGGGCCUUAAUACGAUCGAGUAAACCACCUAUUGUCCCUAAAGAAGAAAGCAAUAAUGGUGCAUCAGUUAUUGCAGACUUGGAUAUCAGGAAGAAAGCUACCGUACAGACCCCUCAGAAGAUUGAUUUCUUCUGAAACAGAACUUGGGAGUUAUUCGGAAUAUCUGCCCCUUGUUUACCAUGUGAAUUCUUGUAAAAUUGUGCUAUCCUGUAUAGAUGUGUGUACAUACUAUAAAUUAUGAAAGUCAUAUAUAUAUAUAUAUA